AUGCAAGACUUCAAAGAACGCCAGCUCGUUACCGACCCCCAAAAGGCAUUUCACUUCACCGAUCUCCAAAGACUGAAGCCAACGCGUGCAAACGAUCCUUACGACUACCAAGCAGGAUGGGGAAACCGACAUCAGUCUGAGGUCAUUCCUGGCACUCUACCUGUCGCUCAGAACAACCCUCAAGAAGUCCGGUUUGGACUUUACACUGAAGGCAUUACGUAUUCAGCGUUCGCAGCUCCACGUGCACACAACUUCAGCACUUAUAUGUACCGGUGUCGACCAGCGGCUGCUCACAAGGGUUACGUUCCUAUCGAGACAAAGUCCAACAUCACAAACUGCUUCUUGUCCAUCAAUCCCAAGGUCGACACGCUUCCCGAGCAAGCAGAAUGGCGUCCGUUCCCACUGCCAAAAGACGACGAGAAGAUUGACUUCGCGGAUGGCCUGCAUACUCUCUGCGGUAGCGGAGACCCAAACAUCAAGGAGGGUCUUGCGCUAUACGUGUAUAUGAUUAACUCUAGUAUGGAGCAGCGAGCGUUCUGCAAUACCGACGGUGACUUCCUCAUCUGUGCCCAACAGGGUAAUCUAGAUAUCAAGACAGAGAUGGGCAAGAUUUUCCUACAGCCCGGUGAGAUCUGUGUCAUCCAGCGCGGCAUCCGCUUCUGCCUCAAUCUAGCACCGGGCACGCCAGUGGCGCGUGGCUACAUCACAGAAGUAUGGGGCUCUAUGUGGGAGCUUCCUGAUCUCGGCCCACUAGGCGGCCACGGUCUUGCCAACCCUCGCGAUUUCCUCUACCCGGUGGCUGCUAUCGAUGAUGAUUUGCACGUGGACUGGCAGAUCGUCAACAAGACGAACGGUCAGCUCGUGGCAAUCCAACAAGAUCACAGCCCCUUCGACCUUGUCGCGUGGCACGGCAAUGUCGUACCUUACAAAUACGAUCUGACGAAGUUCUCGUCACAGAACAGCACAUCCAUCGACCACACUGAUCCUUCGAUCUUCACAGUGCUCACAGCUAAGUCCCGCGAUCCCAUGACACCACUCGCAGACUUCCUCUGGUUCGGCCCAAGAUGGGAUGUUGCAACCAACACGUUCCGGUUACCAUACUUCCACCGCAAUUCCGCGUCAGAGUUCCUUGCCUGUUUAUACGGACAAGGUCUUGGACGAAGCGACGACUUCCAGCCCGGCGGUGGUAGCUUCGAGGGUGGCCACACGCCUCACGGUGGAUUCCAUGAGGGAUACCAGCAUGGCAUGCGGAUACACGAGAGCCAGCCCGAGAAGAUCCUGACUGACCAAUUAACCAUCAUGGUCGAAUCAAGCCGUCUGUUCCUCUUUACCGAGUACGCUCGAAAGGGCUGCGGAACAAUCGAGACUCACGGUACCGACUACAAGGUCUGGGAUGCUCUUCCAGACCGUUUCUCCGCCAACAAGAGAGCCCAGGAGUUGCUUGCCCGGAUCAAAGACGACAAGAUCGCUGAGAAGAAGAGACUUGCACCAUACUACUUUGGCGGCUUUUCACAUGGCGCAAACACCAGCGAUACGGAUGGUGUCCACGCGGAGGAGCUCAAGCAAUAUUUGAGCCCUCGGUCCAAGACCAACGGGACGAACGGCGUUCAUGCAUGA